AUGAAGCACCUGAUUGUCCUCCUGGGGCUGGCGGCCCUGGCCGUCCCCUGCCGGAGCCAAGGCGGGAGCCCAGCAAACGCCCCCCAGGAGCCGGACCCCGCAAGGGAAGCCGGGGAGGAGGAGGAGGACCCCUUUUACAAGAGCCCCGUCAACAAACUGGCCGCUGCCGUUUCCAACUUUGGCUACGCCCUCUUCCGCCAGCAGUCCAGCCAGACCCCCUCGGCCAAUGUUCUGCUCUCCCCCUUCAGUGUCGCCACGGCCCUCUCGGGCCUCUCGCUGGGGGCGGGCGAGCGGACGGAGGAUGUGAUCUCGCGGGCGCUUUUCUACGACAUGCUCGAGAAGGCCCAGCUGCACAGCACCUACAAGGAGCUCCUGAGCAGCAUCGGCAGCCCCACCAAGGGCCUGAAGAGCGCCUCCCGCCUGGUGAUGGAGAGAAAGCUGAGGAUGAGAAUCGCAUUUGUGAACGAGCUGGAGAAAUCCUACGGCUUCCGGCCCCGGGUGCUCAGUGGAAACGCCCGGGCGGACCUGCAGGAGAUCAACCAGUGGGUGCAGCAGCGGACGGGGGGGAAAGUCGUCCGAUUCCUGGGGGAGAUCCCGGCCGGGCUCAGCAUCCUGCUUCUGGGGGCUGCCUCUUUCAAAGGGCAGUGGGCCACCAAGUUUGACCCCAAGCUGACCAAGCCUCAGGACUUCCAUCUGGACGAAGACCGGACCACCCAGGUGCCCAUGAUGUCGGCCCCCAGAGCCAUCUUGAAGUACGGCUUUGACUCCGAGCUCAGCUGCAAGAUCGCCCAGCUGCCCCUGGCUGGAGGGGUCAGCCUCAUGUUCUUCCUGCCGGAGAGCGUCACCCAGAACCUGACCCUCAUCGAGGACAGCCUGACCGCCGAGUUUGUCCACGACAUCGACAAGCAGCUGAAGACCGUCCAGGCCGCGCUGAGGCUGCCGCGGCUGAGGCUGGUGGCCGAGACGAGGCUGGGGGAGGCGCUGCAGGCAAUGCGGCUCCAGGCGCUCUUCUCUACACCGAACCUCGGCAAGAUUUCCGCCAAGCCCAUCAGGCUCUCCCACGCGCAUCACAAGGUGGCCUUCGACCUCGGGGAAGACGGGGCCAGCCCCGUGUUUGGCUCCGAGACGGAAGUUGCUCGGCUGAACUUCCCCAUCGACUACACGCUGGACAGGCCCUUCCUGUUUGUGCUUUACGACAACGACAGCGGCACCCUCCUCUUCGUCGGAAAGAUCCUCAACCCUCAGCAGGCCUAAAGCGCCCCCCGAGACCCCCAAGCCCCAGGAGCAAAAGGGGGGGCUCCUUGACUGUGUCCCGCAGCUGGUUUUGCUUACAUGGUCCAAUAAAAGAGC